CUGUCCUUGCGCGAAGCCUCUCGGGCAAACCAAAGGCCCUCUUCCUCCGUCUCCGUUGCCUUCUUGGAUCCCUAACCUCCAUGGAUUCCACUCCUCCUUGGAUCCCUAGCUUGGCUCUCGUACCAGAGAGUAAGAGUGAGAAAAAAGGAAGCAUUUUGAGAUGUUUGUGAAGAUCUAUGGGUUUCUAUUGUGAAUGAUUUGGUUUGUUUUGGUUUUUGUUGAGUUUUGUGAGUGUAUCUAAUGGAGGAGCUUGUUAAGGUUGCUUCUUUGCCAAGGGAGAAGUUCUUCCCCAUUUACAGGAAAAAAUCUGUGGCUCUUUCUGCUUCUGCUCAAGACUUGAGGUCCUUGGAGAGCAACAAGGAGACAAGAGAAGCCAUCGAAGACUUAUCUCCCAGAGGAGUCCUUGGAGAUAGCUUUCAACUUUCUGACUCAUGCUCAUCGAAGGCCAGCACAUCUUCUUGUGAACAGCAAUCAGUUCAAAGUGUUUCUUCACCUUGGCGGGGAUUGUUUCGCAUUUGGAAACCUAAAUCAAUGAGAAGGUUUUCUACUUUCUCUCAUGUCGGAGUUCCAAGAAUACCAAGAGGAAGGAGUAACAGAGAAAGUCAGGUGUCUGGUGCUGAUCCUAAUAUUGAUGCCACUUUUUGUCUUUUCAAGCCUUCUUGGAAGAGCUUCAAGCUUUCAGAACUUCAAUCUGCAACCAAUAACUUCAGUGCCAACAAUAUCAUAGGCAAAGGUGGCUAUGCUGAAGUUUAUAAGGGGUGUUUAGAGAAUGGGCAGCUCGUAGCUGUUAAGAAGCUAACUCGAGGAACUGUCGAUGAAAGAACCGGCUACUUCUUGUCUGAAUUGGGCAUCAUAGUUCAUGUAAAUCAUCCAAAUACAGCUAAGUUGGUUGGAUUUUCAAUUGAAGGAGGUGUGCAUCUUGUUUUUCAGUUGUCUGCCCGUGGGAGCUUAGCUUCUGUUCUUCAUGGUUCAAAGAAAAAAUUGGAUUGGAGCGUUAGAUACAAGGUGGCUGUUGGAACAGCUGAGGGUCUCGAGUAUUUGCAUGUCAGGUGCCAAAGGCGCAUCAUCCAUCGAGACAUCAAAGCUGCAAAUAUAUUACUAACGGAAGAUUUUGAACCUCAGAUAUCUGACUUUGGACUUGCCAAGUGGUUGCCUGAUAAGAUGACUCAUCACACAGUUUCAAGUUUUGAAGGAACUUUCGGAUACCUUGCUCCUGAAUAUCUCAUGCACGGCAUAGUCGACGAGAAGACAGAUGUUUAUGCUUUCGGAGUAUUAUUGCUUGAGCUCAUAACCGGGCGAAAAGCAGUGGAUUCAUCACAGAAGAGUCUGGUGAUGUGGGCUAAGCCUUUACUUGAAACAAACAACAUGAAAGAGCUCGUCGAUCCUUCACUUGACAAUGCCUAUAAUAUCAGUCAACUAACUCGAACAAUAAGAACAGCUGCCCUGUGCAUUGAACAAUCAUCGAUAAUGCGGCCACGCAUGUGCCAGGUUAUAAAGGUAUUGAGGGGCGAUGAUGGGAGAUCGCAGUCUCUAAAUGCACGAAAAAAACCACUUCUUCACAGGACAUUUUCAGAAGAACAUUUUGAAAUCGAAGAGUAUGAUGCAACAAGGUAUCUGAAUGAUAUGAAGCAACAUAAGCAACUUGCUCUGAACUUCUGAAAAUCUUGAGAAUUUUUCGUAUUUUUGAUGAAACUAGCUUGGUAAGUUAUACUGCAUUUGUAAAUAAUAGUCCAUGUUUUGAAUCACAGAUGAUGAAAUGAAAAGGGGUUGCUUUUUGUUGGAAUA